AGACAUUCAUAUCACAACACCAUAUGAUAUGACGUAUUAUUUAUAGCAAAACAGCGAUUGUUUAGUCAAUUGAAAGCAAUCGUCGACUCAAUUGUCUCCCAAUUGUCACUCCAUUUGAGUGUCACUCGUGUUGAGAGUCUUCGCCAAUCACUUCUCGAUUGUCACUCAAAGACAGAGCAAAACGACAUGUCUUUCGCCAAACCAUCGGAAGAGAGGACACCACUAAUCGGUGGCGACUUCUACUCAGUCUCGGGACCCAAUGGACCGAACGCCUCGUCCGGAGCGUCCACUUCAUCGGCCGCCGCAUACUCUGCACCCAACGGACACUUCCCCACCACUGCGAACGGAUCGCCGUAUAACGAGUCGUACGUAACGGUGCCGUCGAUAGGACCGGACGAACUGCCGCCGCCCUAUACGGCCGUCACCGGCGGUCUCCCAGUGAUGGUCGCCUGUCGUGUCUGCGGCUCAAUGAUCGACAUCACCGGCAAACGGGAGCAGCACGUCGUCAAGUGUGACAACUGUAACGAAGCGACGCCGAUCAAAAGCGCUCCGACGGGCAAGAAGUACGUGCGCUGUCCGUGUAAUUGUCUACUCGUCUGCAAAGCCAGUGCUCAACGAAUAGCGUGUCCGCGACCGCAAUGCAAACGAAUAAUCAAUUUGUCGGUGAAUCAAGUGGUGAUGAACACGACUAACCCGUCGUCGAUGGCACCGGUGCCGGGCAUGUGUCGAGUGAUCUGCGGUCACUGUCACGAGUCAUUCCUAUUCAAUACCCUGCAGAACAACUUAGCCCGUUGUCCGCAUUGCCGUAAACUGUCGUCUGUUGGCCGAGAGUUUGCCCGAACCCGAGGUGUGGUGUUCUUGAUCUUUGGGUCCAUUUUCUUGUUGGUGUCAUUGGCUGUGCUUUUUGGCACUCUAUCGAUGGUAAGGAAUGGAUCCCGAGGUCUGAUAGCAUUAGACGUUAUUUUAUCGUUAAUAUGUUUUCUACUGAUUGUUCGAUCCAUUCAUUACUUAACGAUGAAAACCAGUCUUAUUGACAGUAACUCUAAUUAA